AUGCUUUCUUCCGUUUCUUCGUCCGCUUUCAACACAAUUUCGAGGCGAUUCCUCGCCACGGUUCGUGGUGGCCAGAUUGCUAGUGUUGCCGCGAGAACCGUCACUGUAGCUUUGGAGGACGGCUCUCAGGCUACUGUGUCUCGUCCUGCUGGCAUUGACAAUCAGUGGUUUCUCACCGGUAGUCAUGCCGUGUGCGUUGACGACAAGUUGGGUAUGGUCACGAAUCCGGAAGGAGCUGUAUUGAAGUUCGAGUGCAUCCAUCCCGAAUUGAACGGUGAUGAUAGAUGCCCUGAUUGCCCUCGCCGGAAGUUCGAUGAGAAGACCAAUUAG